AUGACUACCUCGCUGAUUAUUGCUUGCAUCUCUCUCGGAGUGUCGACAGCAUACCUGCUGUUCCCUGUUAAGGAAUGGAUGCAACACUGGUUUCCAUGGCUGUCGCCGCAGCAUGGCCAGGAUGAAGUGCGCCAUCCAACCAUUACUGUUGAGGAGGUGCAAUCCGUGUUGAAUGAUCAUGCCUCUCCCAUACGGGCGUUGCUUGAGAAUUUCGUCACGGAUGUUCAGCGGAACCAACCGAGUGAGCAGACCAGGCCUUUGGCGCAGCCCGGGACGGUUCAUACCACCGGGUCAUCUGGCUCUGCGGCUCUUGAGGUGCACAAGGACGCGAGCAAUCCUCUCCUGAGCACUGGCAACGUGAUUGAUGGCUUAUUUACCAAGCAGAAUCACCCAUAUAACUCCCGGAUGGCUCCCGUUGCCUUGAAGGAUGAGCUCGUCUUAGAUACCUCAACGACGUUGAAGAUCAUUCAGAGAUGGACUGCUUGCAUUUAA